CAAAGCCAGCUGAAGGCUAGAGAAAGCUCCAGAGAGAGCCCUUCAGUGUCUUUCUGACUUUUGUGGACUUGGUUUGAUAGAAGGCUGAAAGAGAUGAUGGCAAGCAUGAAAAUCCACCUGGUGUGCAUGAUACUCCUGGCUUUCAGCUCCUGGAGUCUGUGCUCAGAUUCCGAAGAGGAAAUGAAAGCAUUGGAAGCAGAUUUAUUGACCAGUAUGCAUACGUCAAAGAUCAGUAAAGCAAGUGUUCCUUCCUGGAAAAUGACCCUGCUAAAUGUUUGCAGUCUUAUAAAUAACCUGAACAGCCAAGUUGAGGAAACAGGAGAGGUUCAUGAAGAAGAGCUUGUUACAAGAAGGAAACUCCCUGUUCUAGAUGGCUUUAGCCUGGAAGCAAUGCUGACAAUAUACCAGCUCCAAAAAAUCUGUCACAGCCGAGCCUUUCAACACUGGGAGAUAAUUCAGGAAGACAUUCUUGAUAAUGGAAAUGACAAAAAUGAGAAGGAAGAAGUCAUAAAGAGAAAAAUUCCUUACAUUCUGAAAAGGCAACUGUAUGAGAAUAAACCAAGAAGACCCUAUAUACUUAAAAGGGGCUCUUACUACUACUGAGAAGAUAUACAUUUUCUUUACAUGUGAAUGUGAUUUAUCAUCUUUAUUUGAAUAGUAAUUAUAUAUGUGUGAAUUUGUAACAGAAUAUGCUUAUUUUGUCUCUUCCACAAUUGUGACUUUUGGGUGUGAUUUUUCUGCAUAAAUAUAAAUUGAAGUAAAUGUUUUCAAUAAAUCUAGGUCUUCAGCAUGAUGUGUUAUAUAUAAUUGGAAUAAAUGUUUAUCACAUCACAUAUAGAGCAUUUUGUAAUUUUGCAAAACACAUUAUAGGUUGUUUAAACAGUCAUAACUUUUGACAUAAUAUGAGAAAUUCUAGUAAAGUGGGACAGCAAAGUCUAGCCUUCAUUAUCAUUAACCCAAAACAAAGUAAUGGCAUAUCUUCUGUUAUUUGACUAUUUUAUCAAAUUGAAAGGAAUACUUUCUUUUUUUCAAGACUCACUCAUGUAUCUCAUAUAUAAGGAUAGUUAUUGUGGGCCCAUCUGAAAGACUGAUUAGUGGAUUAUUGCUAAUUAUGCCUGCUGUAGUGAUGUUUUUCACGUGAAACUUUGUGAAAUGAAUUUGAUAACUAAUAAAAAGACGA